AAAACCUUUCUUUAUAAUGUUUAUUAAAUGAUGUAUUGCUCGCACGUCCACAAUAAACUACAUUGCCAAUCUGUCACACCAUGGCGGCUCAUAUUAAACACCAAUCCCAAUCCCUUCUUUUCUCUCACUUUCACCCUCCUUCUCUCCUCACCACCACCCCUCCCUUCUUUUUCCGGCGACCCCACUUUCCCAAUCACCAUUUUCUACACUAAUCAACUACUCAAAAAAUUUAUCAACUUUCUUCUAUUAUUAUUACCAUUAAUCAUGUACAAACGUAGAUUUAACACCAAACCAUUGUAUGUCACUGACCCAGAUGAGCCCGAGCCCGAACCCAUAUCGGAAGCUGCCCCUGCUUCUCCUUCUUCUUGUGAAGACACAAAAACUGAAGAACCAUCACCCAAGAAAAGGAAGGAGAUGAAGAAGAGGGUAGUGACUAUACCAAUCGGUGAGGUGGAAGGAUCUAAAAGCAAAGGAGAGACAUAUCCACCGUCGGAUUCGUGGGCCUGGAGAAAGUACGGCCAAAAGCCCAUCAAAGGCUCCCCUUAUCCCAGGGGAUACUACCGAUGUAGCAGUUCAAAAGGGUGUCCCGCUAGGAAGCAAGUUGAAAGAAGCCGUGUGGACCCUACAAACCUCCUCGUCACUUACGCCUACGAACACAACCACCCUCUCCCUCUUCCCAAAUCUCAUUCUUCUUCCUCCGCCGUAACUGUCACCGUCGAAACUCCCUCCACAGGCGACUCUUCCGCCGAAUGCGCCGCCACCACUGUCCAUCCCGAGGAUCUCACCGUUUUCGCCGCACAUCCCGAUUUCGAACUAGCCGGCGACUCAACGAUUCUUCUCAGUCACCACCACCACGCCGUGUUCGGGUGGUUCGACGACGUGGCAUCCACCGGCGUUCUUGUAAGCCCGAUCUGCGGAGAAGUGGAGGAUCUGACGCUGACGAUGAGGGAGGAAGAUGAAUCGCUGUUUGCCGAUCUCGGUGAGUUGCCGGAGUGUUCAGCGGUUUUCCGGCAGAGGAAUAUUCCGAGUGGGAGUGUGAUUCAGUGUGGCGGCAUCACAGGAUAACGCUGGUGAACCUUUUUGUUUUGUCCAGCUUUGCAUUGUGAUUAUAAUAUUCGCGGCCUGAAAAUCGUGCGCUAUUAAAAAAAUAUGAAUUAUUGUUAGAUAAAGAAAGAAUUGAAUAAGUUAUUUUAUUACAGAUCAUGGAAUUUUUUUAAUGAUAAUUUUGCUUUGUACAUUUUAAUAAAUAAAUAAUUAUUUGCAGGCCAGGCUACACUUUGCAUUAUUGUUCUAUCCAAUACUUUUCUUGUUUUGUA